GGCGAGGCCGCGCACCGCUCUUUCGAAAAGGCCGGGCCGCUGUCACGUGGCGCGCCUCGGGCUCGCCGCAGUCGACACCGCUCCGCGCUCCGCCUGCCGCGAAGUGCGAGCCAGCGGCCCGGCGCGCCGCUGCUGGACUAGGCUCCCGGGCAGAGCUUUUUAGCCAGUUUCCUAGUUGCGGGGCAGAGCCGGCUGCCCGUACCAGAGACUGCGAGUUUGCCGAAAAACGGAUCUUGUUUGUUGUUCCUCUAUCAUCUUAUUCUUAAUUAUAAAUCAUGGAGGAUGAAAAUAAAACAAUUGAACAUGAAGAUUUGGAACCAACAGGGGUGAAUCACACAGCUUGCAUGUAUCAAGAAACACAGGAGGAAACAGUUAUGAACCUCAAAGGUAUAAAUGGAAAUGAACCAACAGAAGGAAGUAGCAUUGUGAAUACCAGUGAAAGAAGCCUGCAGGAAACACCAUCUGAAUCAAAUUGUUUGCAAAGACUGAAGCAAACAUUCACUUGCCCUCCACAUGGCUUACUGGAUAGAGUAAUAACGAAUGUUACCAUGGUUGUUCUUCUAUGGGCUGUAGUUUGGUCAAUUACUGGCAUCGAAUGUCUUCCUGGAGGAAACCUGUUUGGAAUUAUAAUCCUUUUCAUAUGUGCCGUCAUUGGAGGUAAAAUUAUGGGGCUCAUUAAGUUGCCUACGUUGCCUCCACUGCCUCCUCUUCUUGGCAUGCUGCUUGCUGGGUUUCUCAUAAGAAAUAUCCCUGUCAUCAGUGAGAACGUGCAGAUCAAGCACAAGUGGUCUUCUGCUUUGAGAAGCCUAGCCCUGUCUAUUAUAUUGGUUCGUGCUGGCCUUGGGCUGGAUUCAAAGGCCCUGAAGAAGUUGAAGGGUGUCUGUGUACGAUUAUCCAUGGGUCCUUGUCUUGUCGAAGCAUGCACGUCCGCCCUUCUUGCCCACUUCCUAAUGGGUUUACCGUGGCAAUGGGCAUUUAUACUGGGCUUUGUUUUAGGUGCUGUGUCUCCAGCUGUCGUGGUGCCUUCAAUGCUCCUUUUGCAGGAACGAGGCUAUGGUGUUGAAAAGGGUGUCCCAACCUUACUCAUGGCUGCUGGCAGCUUUGAUGACAUUCUGGCCAUCACUGGCUUCAACACAUGCUUGGGCAUGGCCUUUUCCACAGGCUCCACAGUUUUUAAUGUCUUCAAAGGAGUUUUGGAGGUGGUAAUUGGUGUGGCAACUGGAUCUCUUCUUGGACUUUUUGUUCGGUACUUUCCAAGCAGUGACCAGGACAAACUAAUGUGGAAACGAGCCUUCCUCGUCUUGGGGCUGUCCGUGCUUGCAGUGUUCAGCAGCUCGUACUUCAGCUUCCCUGGCUCCGGAGGACUGUGCACAUUGGUCCUGGCUUUUCUCGCAGGCCUGGGGUGGGCCGGCCAAAAAGCAGAGGUUGAAAAAAUUGUUUCCGUUGCCUGGGACAUCUUUCAGCCCCUUCUCUUUGGACUGAUUGGGGCAGAGGUAUCAAUUGCAUCUCUCAGACCAGAAACUGUAGGCCUUUGUGUUGCCACCCUGGGAAUUGCAGUUUUAAUACGAAUUUUGACUACAUUUCUGAUGGUGUGUUUUGCUGGUUUUAACAUAAAGGAAAAGAUCUUCAUCUCUUUUGCAUGGCUUCCAAAGGCUACAGUCCAGGCUGCAAUAGGAUCUGUUGCUUUGGACACAGCAAGAUCACAUGAAGACAAACAGUUAGAAGAAUAUGGAAUGGAUGUGUUGACAGUGGCAUUUUUGGCCAUCCUCAUCACGGCCCCAAUUGGAAGUCUCUUGAUUGGUUUGCUUGGCUCCAGACUUCUCCAGAAAGCUGAACAUCACCAUAAAGAUGAAGAAGUUCAAGGGGAGAUUUCUGUACGACUUUAGAGGUGAAAAGAAAGAAUGCUGAAUAUAAUGAUUACAAAGCUGCUAACAGAGGCUACUUUUGGCAACUAGCAGAGACUACUUUUAUCAAAGUGGAUAGUGAAAUAUGUAAUGUCUAGUCUUAAAAUGUAAUAAAACCAAAAGUGUGGCUAUUUCUUUAAACAGCAUUUUUAGCCAUUAUCCUUUAUAAGUGGGAGGUGAUGUUCUGCAUCUUCAACCUAACCCCUCUACCUUCUCUUUUUUUUCAAACACCCCUUCAUCAUACAUCUUGAUUUGCAUAGGGACACACACACUUUAAUGUACUACCACAAUUUAAAAAGCACAUGGGAAAGACUAGGUUCAGAAUCCUGUUUUGCUAGCCAACAGCUUUCUCUGAUUUAACUGUCACUCUCACAGCUUCAUGAUCCAUGGUCACCUAGCCUCUCAUGUGUUGAGUUGGCUCCUUUUUUUUUUGGCUCCUCUGUUUUUGUUUGUUUGUUUGUUUGUUUGUUUGUUUGUUUGUUUUUAAAUACCAUAAUCCAGUGCCUCAUCAGUUUCUACCCUCACUUUCACUGCUAAUAUGCCUCACCUCCACUUCUACUCUUCUUAUUAUGUCUGAUUGGUCCCACCAAAAUGUUAAAGUGCACAAAAUAUCUUCCUUGGUUCUUCCCCUCGCAACUAUCUAGAAUCUAGAUGUUAACCUCAUUCAGAGCAUUGGUCAGGCCAACCAAAUUUACUCAACCCCGACCACAGAUGGAAACAAUUUUUCUUACAUUCAGGUCCCUGAAAGAAGAGUAUAUGUACCCUACACAUACUUCUGUCAGAGCACUCAUAAUCCCUUUUUGUUAUUUGUUUUUAUGUGUUUGUCUCCUAUUAAAUCAGCCAGAUAUGGGUGGGAGCACUGUCUUGGUCAUCUGUGAGUCUUCAGCAUUUUGCAUAGGGCAUGGAAGAUAGUAGGUGUUUAAUAAACAUUUAUUGACCUAAUCAGUGAGGGGAUCUUCUUCCACUGUAGAAAACUACCUGGCACAUAACAGUUCAGACCUUAGUCUGCUUAGUCUGACUUACUCACCUCAGGCUGUCUAACAAAAUACCAUAGACUGAGUAGCUUAAACAACAGAUGAGUAUUUUCUCACAGUUUCAGAGGCUGAGAGACUAACACGAGGUUGCUGAUGAGAGCGGUCCUCCUGGCUUGCCCAUUGCCUCCUCUUCACUGUGUUCUCACAGGGUGAGGAAAGAGAUGGUGAGGAGAGUAUGCAAGUUCUCUUGUUUCUCUUCUUAUUAGAGUCCUCAUCCCAUCAUCAGGGCCCUGCCCUUCUGACCUCAUCUAAACCUAAUUAUCUCCCAAAGGCCCCAACUCCAAAUACUAUCACACUGGAGGUUAGAGCUUCAAAAUAUUGAAUUAGCAAGGGGGUGGGGAAAAGAGGAGGACACAGUUCAGUCCAAAGCAGGAUGUCAUAUUUCUAAGGAUGAUACUAAACAAACACUGAAAGUUCUUGUUCUUCAGUGCCCUUUUAAUUCCUACGACCAGUGCCAUUCAUAUUCUCUGUGAGAAGUUUUUUUUUCUUUCUCUUAGAUAGGCUGAAUAGGUUUCAGAUCUCUAAGUGAUUUUCACAUUUCAGCAUUUUUCUCUUUGGUAUUGAUACCAAAUAACCUUGACUGGACUUGGGUGCCCUCAAAAUUUCCUGAGCCAAUCACUUGUAUUUGCAAACAGUCUCAUCCAUUACAGUCUUUCAAGACAGUAUUGAUUAUUUUUUCUGAUUAUAAAAUAAUAUAUUUUAAUUACAGAAAAUUUAGAAUACAGAAAAAUACAAGGAAGAAAACUGAAACUACUCUUAAUGUAAACACCCAUUUUAUUAUGAUUCUUUUAAAUUUUACUCUUGCAUUUCUGAGGGAUAUCUUAUUUUCAGAAAGCUAUAUCCUCUACUGAAUUAGUUGGGUGAAAGUUAACAUAAAUAUGUUUGAAUUCUGUGAAGAUAUAUAGAUUCAAGCAUUUUUGUUUUAUACAAUCAAUGUUAAACCUUCCCGAAAUUAUUUAUUCACAUGGUAAUGUUCAAAUAGUCAUUUUACAAUGAAUAAAACAAAAAUUCCUGCCAUAA